UUGACGCGGAGGCAUUUACGAAUGGUUAGAAAUCACAGAGAAAAUAGAGAAAACCGGUCGCUUCGAUGAAUAAUUAUAUGCAUUUAUUAUUUAUUUACAUUACAUGUGUAAUAUGAAUUGGCUUGAUCACGAUUUGGGGACAUUGUUUCAUUCAUCCAGCUCAUAUUCCUCAGUCUGUCUUCGUUCUCCUCAUAAUUCAUUCUCUCAGCUUAUCUCCUGGAAAAACGUCAUGUAAUUCAUGUUGAAAAAUAGUUUUGAAAAGAAUUGUUAUUGUUAACGUUCACUAAAGUAGAAAUUAAAUAUUCAUUCCGCAACUGCUAUUCAAAUUGAACAUUUGAACGGCGGUAUCGUUUGCUGUGCCACGCAAACAUGUCAAGCGUACUGCCAUUUGUUAUAAAUCUAGUGAAUACUGCCUUUGGAGUGACGGUUUUGGCUGUUCCGUACUGCUUCCAUCAGUGUGGGCUGAUAUUGGGUUCAUUGUUGUUAUUUGCUUCCUCGUAUGCAACCAAAAAGUCAUGCAGUUAUUUGCUGAGAGCUUCACAGAUAUCACGAAAACGUGAUUUUGAAUCAUUAGGUUUCCAUGUUGGGGGAGAUUUGGGCAAAUUAAUUGUUGAAAUGAGCCUCAUUGGUUAUCUAUUGGGUACAGCCAUAGCAUGGUUUGUUGUGAUUGGUGAUGUAGCCCCACCAGUUGUAUCAAGUAUAUUGGGCUUGAAUAACACAUGGGGUCUUCGAACCGUUUUGAUCGUUCUCAUUGGUGUAUGCAUUGUUCUACCGUUGUCUUUAGUGAAAGACAUCACCAGUUUAAGCAACGCCAGCAAUAUUGCCAUAGCGAUGUAUAUAAUCUUUGCUUUACAGCUGUUUCUCGACACAUUGCCGCAAAUUUUGGCGGGCGAUUGGCUAACGGGAUUAAAUUUCUGGAAGCCAGAGGGCGUGCUACAAUGUUUACCAAUCUUUGGUAUUUCCUUCCUUUGUCAAACGGUUCUGUUUGUUCUUUACGAUGCUUUGCCCGAGCCCUCCGUGAAGAAAAUGGAGCAUGUUGUCAAUAGAGCAAUGGAUAUUGUGCUUUUUCUCUCAUUCUUGGUUGGCUUCUCCGGUUAUGUGCGAUAUUUCAACAAAGGCGUCGAAGGAGAUUUAUUGAAAAAUUAUAAACACGAUUUCCUAUCGGAGCUCAUUCGCUUAGGAUUCUGCGUUUCUACUGUGUUGAGUUUCCCAUUGUUGGUGUUUCCAUGUCGUUCCAGUAUUAAUUCCAUGAUUUCCGCAGGAAGGAAUGAUGCCAUUUCCGUGGGAGGCACGUUCAUAUCAGAGGAUCGCUUCAUGCUCAUCACGUGUUCAAUUAUCAUUGGAGCGUUGACUUGUGGGGUUUUAUUUCCCAGUGUUGAGUUCGUCAUGGCUCUGGUUGGUGCGACAAUGGGAGCAAUGUUGACGUACAUACUGCCUUCUUAUAUCUUCCUAAAAGUUGCUGGUGACGAUGGCUCGAAGUUUGAGGCUAAGGUAUUGUUGGUUGUUGGUGUUUGUUUGUUGUGCCUGAGUACUUUCUCAGUUCUUAAUGUUAAAGAAAGUCAAAUAAAGGAAGAUGAAAUUGUCUCUAUGUUAAAACAAGAUCGAUCUAUGAUCAAGCGGUUGGAAACGAAUCUAAAUCUCACACUGGAGAAGUCAUUUGAAAGAUCAGAGAAUAUUCUGGAUUUAAACAAACGAAAAAAUUAUUCCGAUGAGAAAAUUCUGGGAAGAGGAAAGUUGACAGACAACAGCGAAGAAGAUGCUCCAAAGAAAUCAGCUGAAGUUGUUGACGAAGCGAGAAAGGAGCCCGUGUUACCGCAGGAAGGCGGUCUUCCUCAAAACAAAGCAGCAAGCAAUCACUUGCGGGAGAAAAGGCAGCCUCUCAUUCACAAUGAUCAACCCGACAAUGCCGAGCAGCCUUUUGAUGACCUGAAAAUUGCUGAUCGAAAUUUACCUGCUGAAAACGAGCUGCCCGUGAUCAAGGAACAACCCGCAGAAUCACACCUUCGUGAUAAAAGAGACUUAUCUACCAAGAUUCAGGAACAACCCGCGGAUAAGCUUUCCACCCACAACAAAACGCUUGAUCGGGAAGAACAGCACGAAAAUGAUCCACCACCCGUGCAACCCGCAAAACCCGAAGAAAAGGCAGGUCAAAAUAUAGAUGCGAUAGCAAAACCUGAUUUACCAGUUGAGCCUGAUGUUGUGGGUAAAGAGGUAAACAAUAUCUAGACAUCACGGCGCUCUUCCGUUGUGAACGAGCUGUAAGCGCCGAUUGACCCGAAUUUGCAAAGCGAAAAGCACGCUUUGAAAGGUGAAGCUCGUAUCAAAAAAAGAAAUUUAUUGACGAGAUAGAAACUCAAUAGGAGAAUUUACUGACGUCAGAGCAACACGAGGAAAGGAAAAUGAAUGUAAAUAAAAAAUUAUAACAGUUCAAAAACAAACGAUGAUAAAAGUCAAACGCUUAAUCGGCAAAUCGGAUGACUAACUGCGAGGCUAGGAGUUCUUCAUUGUUUAAAGCUUCAAGCGUCAAAUUGUAAAGCCAAAAGGUUGUAACAAAGUAUUGUGUGAUCUGUUAUGGCGAAGCUAUUCAUUAGGAAAACAGAUGAUGUUAUUAUGGAAAUAGAAUUUCAGUCAAAUUAGCUUCCUACGAUGUAUUGUGGAAAUAAGUUGCGAAAAGUGUUUUUCACAGAAGGACGUUUGAAAUUUGAAUGACGCGGUUUGAUGUUUAGUGUUUUUUUUUACAAUGGCGCGCAUGUUUGAAGUGCGUAUUUACGCGAUCGCUUUAAUGGGAAAAUAUCAAUACAAGUUGCGUACAAACAAAGGUUAAGUUCUGAUUAAGUUUCAAACUCGUUUUCACUGAUUGCUUCCCAUGAAAUUUUUAAUUUUUGUUUUCGAGCCAACCACUCGAUUCGAGUUGCGUAAUUUGUGUCUGUAUGGGAAAUGAUAAGUGUCAGAAUUCCUCUUGAUCAACUUUCAUGUUAUGGCGAUGUAGGACAUUCGGGAAAAAACCCAUUUGUCUUUGUUCUCAUCAAAGGAAAACGGAUCUCAUUAGCGUUAAUUAGAGCCUGGCACACAAGUGCUUCCGAGACAUCUAAUUGCAUUCCGCGCAUAUUAUAAUCAAUGACUACAGGGUGGUCAAGGUCUUUAAAUCGUGAAUGAAUAGUUAAGGUGGAUCAAAAUGUAUGAUGGGUAUGCAUAAUGGUGUUUGUGGUGUUCUGUAAAACCCAGAAUAAUGUGUUCUUUUCACGCUUUGAAAUGUAUAUUUCACUUACAUGGCCUUUAGGUAACUAUCCUGUCACUGAAUAGCACUUUUUGGAGGUUUGCUCAUGGAAAUUACGCUCAUCAUACAGCAGUUCACACGGAUUUGACUUCAAAACAGAGACUAUUGUUAGUCAGUUGUACGUAAAAGCCUCGCUUUAGUUGCCGCCAUUCGUAAACAAAUAAACAGAGCACUUGCAAAAAUGACAAUGUAAUUUGCGUUAGUCCGCUUGUUGACGACAAAUAUGGCAACUCUUCCGACGCUGUAAUUGUUCAAAAUAACUUCUUGGCCAUUUACAUGAGAUGUUAUUUCAAACCAUGCGAAAGAAGUAAUUGUUUUUCACUGAAAAUGUUUUGUCUCUGAAAACGUGUUUAUGCUGUGCCCGUUUCCGCCAUCACAGCUUAUAUAUACCAUCGAAAAAAACGUACAGCCAACAUUCAAACAAAGUGAGCACUGAGAGAAAUAGUUAGAGACAGCUGGUAAGAAGUAUCCCAGAAAUGGUCUUCGCGUUGCUUAUCACUUUACUAGCAAUUACAGAAUGUACAAUUCAACAAAAAAGACAUCGGAGUAUACCAUCUUUUCGCGCCAAAUCGUCGCUGUCGGCGAAGCUAAGGAGACUGGAAAACAGCUACGUUAAUAAAACUGUAAGCAUGAGUAAAUACCUAAGCGAAGUUGAUGGAAUAUAUCGUGAUCACGCUCCAGAGUUACAGAAAUCCUUGAAGCUUUUCCAACAAGAUUUUGCUCCGUUCAUUCGAGAAUUGAAGAAGGCAAAAGCGAAGAAAUGUGUACUACGUUACGAGACACAAAGAAUUGGUAGAGGUGCAUCAUCGAAACGUGUUAGGAUCGGCGUUUGUAGUUCUUCCCCUUGCUCGAAUGUUGACGCCAGAUGCUCUUGCCAGCCCUCGAAAAUCAUGUUUAAGGGCAUCACUGUACGACAUUGCCGGAAAAGAAAAACAGGCAAACGUAGGAACAGGAAGCAUCAUAGGAGGACACUCAGGGGUAAACGUAGACGCCGGUGUACAUGGAAAAAAUACACUUUAUUAUCCGCUGUCGAUUGUCAAUGUACAUGUUCUUGAAGUUUAGAAAACUAAUCAAUCUUGUAAAUAAUGAACUGUAUAUAAAAAAACAGCUUUAACCAAAGUCAACCCGUCGCUCACUGCUAUUUCUUCCAACCUCAAUUUUCCAAUCAUUUGUCAUAAAAACAUGGAAGUAUUUAUAAAAUAUUUUCAUUCAUCUUCAUCACGCUGUAAAGUCACAAAUUCACCGAGAAAAACGUCAAUGUAACUAGUUAUUACUUAGUAUACUAGUUAUUACUAAUGUCAUCCCGCAUAUGAACAUUGACGUUUGCAAAUAUUACUCAAAUAUCAAGAAUUUAAAAGUUUUGUACAUAUUCCAGUUGCGUUUGUACAUAGAUAUAUUUGAAACAGUUGUUGAAAUUUUCUCGAUCGAUUUAUCGCAUAAUUAAAUUACAUCAUUGAAAAAAGA